AAAAAAAAUUGCCCUCGGCUGCAACUUGUGCUGCUUAACCACCGAUGUCCAACACACUCAUUAUGAGCCAUUCGACUACUAGCAGCUACUCAACUACCAGUGCAUACUACUAACUCACUGCAGUCGGUAUAGAGACACAGAAUGGAGCAUUUCAACAGAUUCACGGCUCCUGCUUCGGAUAAACUUAGGCAGCUCCAAAAAAUGGUUCAAGACAUAAAAAAGAAUGACGACAGCCUUUUCAACAGACUAAAAAGGUUUCAGACUGAACAAGCAGCUAAUAUUCUCAAAACCGGGAGAAAUACACUGGACCGAAUAAAGAAGAAAAGACCCCCGAAAGUACCAGUACGAGACUAUCAAGGCGAAGCUCCGGAUUCUGAGAAGGACUCUGACUCAGAUUUUGACAGCGAUACGUACGAGGACCCUCAGGGCGAUCAUGACGACAACUACGAACCUCCGCCGAGGCUUCAAGGUCACAUGAAGGCCUUUACGGUCAGCCCGUCCAUCACCAGCCCCAGAGGAGAGUAUGUGGACAGCUGUCGUGGUCGACCGGCGAAACCAAACCAUCCUUUCCAAACGCAACAGAGGCACAAACCCCCACGACCGACCCACCGCAGCCUGACAGAGGAAGAUGAUGGCGAUUACAUUGAGCCGGAGGACGAAACAGUUGAUGAUAAUUACAUUGAGCCCAUUGAGAAAACACCAUCAAAGCCGCAGGUUAACAGAGGAGUCAAACCGUGUGCUCCUGCUCGUGUGAACGCUCCGGAUUUCUAUGAGGUUCCUGAUUUGAAGGAGAAUGUUCAGUCUAAGACCAGGAGUAACUCGACUCUACAACCCAACACACAGAUAGCGCCACCUAAAGCCAGUCCACGGUAUUACACAGUCAUUAUUUUCUCAAGACAAUUACAAACCACUAGAUUAGCCCUGCAUUCACAGUUACUCAGCACCCUUACAAACAUUCACCAUUAUAACCAUGUCAAAAUACUGAAGAAACCAAAUCCUGCUUUGAUAGCGAAACCAAACAUUCCUCGCAGAGACAGUGAAGCCACAUCAAUUAAAACAACAGCAUUAACUUUACCACGAAGCCCACCAGACACCAUGCCGAGCCCAUCGGCAACAGGGUUCCAUCGAGCCAAGAUGCCUCUGCCUCGGCAGCUUCCCUCUCAGAGCAGAGGGAUGUUGCCUUCAGACAGCAGAUCAGCUAGAGAUGCUGAAGAGGAAGCUGGUGUGUAUAAAAAGGUUUGGUAUGCCAGCAGCUGUGACCGCAAGACAGCAGAGGACGCUCUCAUACGCUCAGCUAAGGACAGCUCUUUUCUGCUCAGGAAGAGCUCUGGUGUGGACGCACAGCAGCCGUAUACACUGGUGGUGUUUUACAACAGCCGAGUUUACAACAUCCCUGUCCGCUACAUCGCUUCCACCAAACAGUAUGCUUUGGGGAAAGAAAAACAAGGAGAGGAGCGUUUCAGCAGCGUCUCAGACAUCAUCGAGAACCACCAGAAGAAUCCUCUAGUGCUGGUCGACUCACAAAGCAACACCAAAGACUACACCAAACUCAGACACGCAGUCAAGCCCUGACAAAUAUAACUGCAUAGAGAGGGUGCUGGCAUUCAACUGUGUGGUAGUUUCACGUUUACCUUAAUAGAGGAUGGAAACAGAUACGCUUGCAAAGCUGGCACUUGCUGCUACUUUUAUAACUUAUUAGGCUGAAUGACAGGUUACGGGCCGAGACUCUGUAUUUUUAUUUUGACGGUGACAAAAGUAUGUGUUGCGCAUUUAAAAAUACAGCAUAGGAGAAUGCGUCCUGUGCAAACCACCCCGAAAAACAGGGUGAAGAGCAAUGUUAUAUAAAGAUACGCAAAUAUGGUACAGCUGUAGAGUUUAUACAUGUAUCUGGGUGUAUGAAUCGUUGUAUAAACACAUUUGUUUUAUAUUACAAGGUGUGUCGAGUAAAAAAAAAAAAUUGUUUUGUGUAUUAUGUUAUGUCAAAUUAUAAUAAUUUGCACUGUGCAACCCUAAAUAUUUGCAUAAGGGGGAAUAUUUGUCACGUGGGGACUGGGUUUUAUAUUUAUAUUAUACAAACAUUUGUACACUAGAGGGGUCAUACACAAGUACAGAUUUAUAUUAAAGGAUUCCCUGUUUUAAUUGCCUUUUGAAAUCGUGCAAAAAUAUUAAAUAUAAUAAGAUACAAAUAUUCUUUGGAGCUACUUUACAGGAGUAUAUCGUCUAAAACUAGUAAAAAACACGGCAUAAAUAAAAAUAUUUUCUACCACACAAGAGGCUACAUUUGUUCAACAACGUGCCUGUAAUUUCAUUUACAUCACUU